CAGAGCUCUGCCCCAAUGAGCGCUUUGGGGAAGCCAUACCUAUCGACCAAUAGCAGCGCAAAGUGGUUCCCUGCUCCCGCCUCCUUCCUUCCGCCGGAAGUGCGGCUGCACUUCCGCCUUUCUCAGGUCGUUGCUGCCAUGCCGCUUUUCGGUCGCUUCGCCAGCUCUCUGCUGCGCCCCGCCGUCCGGCCCGCUUCGGCCCCGCGCGGGUUCGUCUCGGGGCCGCCCCAGCACCACGUGGGCACCGCGGAGACCGUCGUGGGCCUGCUCGCCAUGUUUGUCACCUGCCUGGGCCCCGCCGCCUGGGUCCUGGCGCACCUCGAGGACUACAAGAAGCGGGAGUGAGCCUUCUCCCGUCGCUCUGGGACCACCGCCGCCACGGACCACCUCCCUGGGACCACGGCCUACGGGCGCCCCCUCCCCAAUAAAGGCCGCUUAUGCCGCGUC